AUGUGAGCAUUACUAGGCAUUUCAUCCUGCGGUUCUGCAGUCUUUGCUAUUCAGACUGUUGCUCAGUUGGAAUGCUUCUGUGGGGCCGAUCCUGAGGUUCUGUAGAUAUUUUUUAAGGACCUACCUAUUUGGAGGUAUCAGUGGCCGUUUUGCAAGAUCAUCUGGGGAACAGGAAAGCAUCUGAAAUCUACUGAAAAGGAUAACUGUAGCGGUUUUCACAGUGGAAGGAAACUAUAUUGGCACAGAGCAGAUGAUUGAAUAAAGUAGUUGGCUCAAAGAAGAUGCACAGUCUGCUGUUUUUUCCUGUGAAUGAAGACUAUUUAAUGGAAGCUGUAUUCAUGUGGAGAUCAAAGGAAACACUGGAAUGAUAAACUACUGGGCUUUUCUCUCUCUUUUUUUAAAUGAAAAGCCUGAAGCAGUAAUUUGAGCUCAAAUGCCUUCUAAUUCCUUCGCAGCCUGCCUGUUCCGUUAGGAUCCUCUGCUAACACUAUUUCUGCCUGGUGCUGUGCCCUUUUGCUGGAGCAGCCACAGACAACUGCCUGAUGGAGAAAGAAUGAACGCUCUGCCUUGCUUAUGCUAUCGAUGGGAAUAAAGCUAUCUGUGUUUCUUCUUUAUAUGGGAUAUCUGGAUUAAUCAAGCUGUAUUCUAGUACCAAGAGUCCUAUUGUCUCUUGGGGUCUGACUCAUCGCAUGUAAAUGUACUGCAGCUUUGCUAUUAAUGCAGAGUGUUGUUGUUUUUUUUCUUUCCCAAACACAGAAAGAAUUGUCAACCUCUGAGCUUCAUUUUAAGAAUUUAUGCUGAGCUCUAGAUAUUUUUUUUUCCCUCUGGAUAGUAUCUGCUUUAAACCAGAAGCUGAAGAAAUGAAGACAGAUUAGAAGUGGAAACAGAAUAGUGAGAUUUUUUUUUUUUUUUUCCAAUUAUAAGCAAGUCAGCUACUGGUAACUAUAUGACCUUGCAGGCAAGAGUGGGUAUAGCUGUAAUCCUCUCUGUCACAGUAGUUGUUUCUCAUUUCAUUCUGUAUUGUGUGGUGUUGUCACCCCAAACAAUAAUCUUUUUAUGCAAGUAAAUUUCUGUGAGACAGAGAGCAAUAUGAUUAUUUUGGAAAGGGAAAAAUAUUUUUAGAUGAGCUUGUACUGGACUCCGUUUUAGUUAGUGACAUGUUGAUAUGAAAUUUCUUUUAAGUAUUACGGUAACCCAACAGAAAAUAACAGAAUUUUGUUGUUUUUAGGAAGUUAUGUUAUGUAGUCAUAAUUUUAAACUUCAGUUUUUCUGAUAGUACUUACUAACUUUAAAAAACCAGCUGCGCUGUUCAGAGAAUGAUCCUAAGUGUUGUACAGAAGAGGAGGAAAAACUAUUUGUGCUCUUCCAACUGUGACUUUUAUCACAUAGCUUGGAAUUUAGUGUUUUAAAAGAGCGAAUGAGUCGAGUGUGUAUUGUUGUUUUGGAGGAGGUAGAAGAUGAAUCUCCUGCAUUCAUUUCUAAAUUGCCACAGGAAAAUAAAUCCCUACAUUCACCACCACCUUCUGGAAGUGUAUUGCCAUCACUGGUGCAAGCUAUAUUUAAUGGAGAUCCUGAUGAAGUUCGAGCACUAAUAUUUAAGAAAGAAGAUGUUAACUUUCAGGUUCACCUGUGUUCUGAUUCUUUUCUAAGAAAUGAAAAUCUCUCACUCUUUUUCCCAGACUUUGACAAUGAAAAGAGAACUCCACUGCAUGCUGCUGCCUAUCUUGGAGAUGCAGAAAUCAUUGAACUGCUUAUUUUAUCUGGAGCUAGAGUUAAUGCCAAAGACAGCAAAUGGUUGACACCUUUACACAGAGCAGUUGCAUCUUGUAGUGAGGAAGCAGUGCAGGUACUUUUGAAGCAUUCUGCAGAUGUUAAUGCUCGAGACAAAAAUUGGCAAACCCCUUUACACAUCGCUGCUGCUAAUAAAGCUGUAAAGUGUGCUGAAGCUUUGGUACCUCUUCUAAGUAAUGUAAACGUGUCUGAUCGAGCGGGGAGGACCGCAUUACAUCAUGCAGCUUUUAGUGGACAUGGUGAGAUGGUCAAACUACUCUUGUCUAGAGGUGCCAAUAUUAAUGCUUUUGACAAGAAAGAUAGACGGGCAAUUCAUUGGGCAGCAUAUAUGGGUCACAUCGAAGUAGUGAAAUUACUUGUGGCACAUGGAGCUGAAGUGACAUGCAAGGAUAAGAAGUCUUAUACACCUCUUCAUGCAGCAGCCUCUAGUGGAAUGAUCAGCGUGGUCAAGUACCUUCUGGAUCUUGGAGUUGAUAUGAAUGAACCAAAUGCCUAUGGAAAUACACCUCUUCAUGUAGCCUGCUAUAAUGGACAAGAUGUUGUAGUGAAUGAACUUAUAGACUGUGGUGCUAAUGUAAAUCAAAAGAAUGAAAAAGGAUUUACUCCUUUGCACUUUGCUGCUGCAUCAACACAUGGAGCGUUGUGUUUAGAGCUUCUAGUAGGCAAUGGGGCUGAUGUCAAUAUGAAGAGCAAGGAUGGGAAAACCCCACUGCACAUGACUGCCCUCCACGGUAGAUUCUCCAGAUCACAAACCAUUAUCCAGAGUGGAGCUGUAAUCGACUGUGAGGAUAAGAAUGGAAACACCCCUUUGCACAUAGCAGCAAGGUACGGCCAUGAGCUGCUAAUCAACACUCUUAUUACAAGUGGUGCUGACACUGCAAAGCGUGGCAUACAUGGAAUGUUCCCCCUCCAUUUGGCAGCUUUAAGUGGUUUUUCAGAUUGCUGCAGGAAACUUCUUUCUUCUGGAUUUGACAUAGAUACCCCAGAUGAUUUUGGCAGGACCUGUCUACAUGCAGCUGCGGCUGGAGGGAAUUUGGAGUGCCUAAACCUUCUGCUGAAUACUGGUGCAGACUUCAACAAAAAGGACAAAUUUGGGAGAUCUCCACUUCACUAUGCUGCUGCCAACUGCAAUUACCAGUGCCUGUUUGCUCUUGUGGGAUCAGGAGCAAGUGUGAAUGACCUUGAUGAAAGAGGAUGCACACCCCUGCACUAUGCAGCUACAUCAGACACAGAUGGCAAGUGCCUGGAAUACUUAUUAAGAAAUGAUGCAAAUCCAGGGAUCCGUGACAAGCAAGGAUACAAUGCAGUUCAUUAUUCAGCUGCUUAUGGUCACCGUCUAUGUCUUCAUCUGAUUGCAAGCGAAACUCCUUUAGAUGUUUUAAUGGAAACCUCGGGGACAGACAUGCUGAGUGAUUCAGACAAUAGAGCGACAAUAAGCCCUUUACAUUUGGCUGCCUAUCAUGGUCACCACCAAGCACUGGAAGUGUUGGUACAGUCUUUGUUAGAUCUUGAUGUGAGAAACAGUAGUGGAAGAACACCCUUAGAUCUUGCAGCCUUUAAGGGCCAUGUUGAAUGUGUGGAUGUACUCAUUAAUCAGGGAGCCUCCAUUUUAGUAAAAGAUUACGUUUUGAAGAGAACACCUAUACAUGCAGCAGCAACAAAUGGUCAUUCAGAGUGCUUACGGCUACUAAUAGGAAAUGCAGAACCACAGAAUGCAGUCGACAUUCAAGAUGGAAAUGGACAGACUCCUCUGAUGCUGUCUGUUCUCAACGGGCACACGGACUGUGUUUACUCACUGCUGAACAAAGGAGCAAAUGUAGAUGCCAAAGAUAAAUGGGGAAGGACAGCAUUGCAUAGAGGGGCAGUUACAGGCCAUGAAGAAUGUGUAGAUGCAUUACUUCAACAUGGUGCUAAGUGCUUAUUUCGAGAUAGCAGGGGCCGGACACCUAUACACUUAUCAGCUGCCUGUGGACACAUUGGUGUUCUUGGAGCCCUUUUGCAGUCAGCAGCAUCUGUGGAUGCAAAUCCAGCCAUAGCAGACAAUCAUGGAUAUACAGCACUUCAUUGGGCUUGCUACAAUGGUCAUGAGACAUGUGUAGAACUCCUUUUAGAACAGGAAGUUUUCCAGAAAAUGGAGGGAAAUGCUUUCAGUCCUUUGCAUUGUGCCGUGAUAAAUGACAACGAAGGUGCUGCUGAAAUGUUAAUCGAUACAUUAGGUGCCAGCAUCGUGAGCGCCACAGAUUCAAAAGGAAGAACCCCUCUCCAUGCAGCCGCCUUCACAGACCAUGUAGAGUGUUUACAGCUGCUGCUCAGCCAUAAUGCUCAAGUCAAUUCUGUGGACUCUUCUGGGAAAACACCUCUCAUGAUGGCUGCAGAAAAUGGACAGACAAAUACAGUUGAGAUGCUGGUUAGCAGUGCUAGUGCAGAUCUGACUUUACAAGAUAACAGUAAAAACACCGCCCUCCAUUUGGCUUGCAGCAAGGGUCAUGAAACUAGUGCCUUGUUAAUACUGGAAAAGAUAACAGAUAGAAACCUCAUCAAUGCAACCAAUGCAGCCUUGCAAACACCUCUGCAUGUUGCUGCCCGAAAUGGGCUAACGAUGGUGGUUCAGGAACUUUUGGGGAAAGGAGCAAGUGUGCUUGCAGUAGAUGAAAAUGGCUAUACCCCAGCUUUGGCCUGUGCUCCCAAUAAGGAUGUGGCUGAUUGCCUGGCUCUCAUUUUGGCCACCAUGAUGCCUGUCUCAUCAAGUAGCCCUUUAUCAUCCCUGACAUUCAAUGCCAUUAACCGUUAUACCAACACCUCAAAAACAGUCAGCUUUGAAGCCUUGCCCAUCAUGAGGAAUGAACCUAGCUCCUAUUGCAGUUUCAACAACAUUGGCGGGGAACAGGAGUACUUAUACACCGAUGUGGACGAGCUCAAUGACUCUGAUUCCGAGACCUACUAAGAGGCUGAGCCAGAGGUCUAAGUGAGGAGUUCUGACGCUAACGCUUCAGAUUGUGCUUUUUCAGGAAAAAGGCACUUUCUUAUUCACGUACAAAUUCGACCUAAAAGGAGAGAUCACAGAGUGAGCAAGUAUGAGAAAUGUGAUACAUUAGGAAGAAGAGUUUUAAAGGCAAGUUUUGCAAAAGGAACUUCUAGAAUCUUGAAAUAGACUUGACCAGAGAAAAACACUUUGAUGUCAAGUUACUUUGUGGAGUUGUUUAAUUUGGUUUUGCAGUGCCAGGAAUAAUUUGGGACACUGUGCACCCUAAUCUGCUUACACAAGCAACACUAUUCUAAAAGAAGAGAUAAGGACACUAGAUUAAAAAUUUACCAAUAAAACUACAACUAAAUUUAAGGGCAAUAAAAGUUUGGUAUAGUAGGCAUUAUGUGCACAGCAAAUUGCCAAAGGACCAAGUAACUUAAAAGUUUUUUAAUAGAAUGCCAUUUUGUGGAAACUGGAAUAGGUGAAAUGAGACAUUAUCUAAACCAAACUUUAAUAUUUCUGAAAAUGAAGCUGAGAUUUGGUUUUAAACGUUGAUUUUUUUUUAAGAAAACAUCUGAAAGCCUUCGAAUACUGUAUUAAACCAUGAGAGAAAGCAGAUGUAUUUUUACAUUUUUUCUUUUACAUAAAAAUUUAAAAAUUCCAACUUUUAUAACAUUAGAAUUAAAAACCAGCUGACUGAGUGCAGUCAGGGUGAAAAUACUGGUGAUGUUGACAUGAGAUAGAUUGGAGUCGGGCUGUUGUUGCCCACUUUUGAAUGGUUUAGGUUUAAAAUUGAACUAUUUUUGUUUCAAAAUGUAAAGAAUUUCUUAGAAGAAGAAAAUUUCGUGAAAUCAAAAAAGUAGAUUAUUUUCACCCUAUUGCAGCUAUAUGGUCCUGGGAAAUGGAGUUCUCAACCUCACUACUUUGGAUGGUACAGCUUUGUCUCUUAUGUUACUUUUGUGCCUCCACAAUGGAUUGGGGGAUUUUUGUUUUCACUGUUUGGUGAAUAAUCAAAAGAAAAUCCCUUGUUACUGAUACGUUAACAUCAUCGGGUCUCUUGGAAGGCAUUUCUGUAUUGGGUCCUAUUCAGAUUUAAACAUGCUACUACUUGGGGAAGGAAGCAGUUGCCUGCCGAAAUGGAAGACUGCCUUUCAAAUAACAGAAAGGCUGAUGUUUAGGUUUUUAAAUAACCAUUUAUAUGGUUCUGCUUUUACUGUAACUGUCACUUUCCCAGUAAGAAUGAUUUCACGUAUGUAGGGGGUAUUACAGAUCUGGGUGAAGUUCCAUAAAUUUUCACAGAAUGAUACCCAAUUUCAUUUUAUCCUUUUUGUAUUGUGCAACUGGAAACUUUAUGACAUUGUAAAUUAUCAGCUGGUUUUUCUGAAUAUAAAGUGUGAAAACACAGAACAGUAUUUUGAUCUAUUUGAUAAUUUUGUGGGGUUUUUGAAGAAUUAAUGAGCAUGUACAUAGAAAUAGUGACUGCUUGAAUACUGUAUUUACUUGCACUCUUUCAGUACAUCAAGAUACCUGUAUAUUUUAGAGUAUAAUAAAACACAGAUGUGAGUUGUAUUUAAUGAAUAAUGUAUUUGUAUCUGUGCAUAUUACCUAAAAAUCUAUAAAGUUUCUAGGGCAUUGACUACUAGAUUUUAAGCAUUUUUUUUCUAAAAUAUUUACAGAAAUUAUAAAUGUAAUCCUCCAUCUUUUCUUUAUAAUAUAAAGAAGUCAUAAUGGACCCUUCCUAAUUGUUAGUGGUAGGAAGGUGAAUAUGCAUUUUAAAGACAGUGGACUACAUUUUCUAUUGUACCUUUUGAAAAAAAUGAAAAAAAACUCAAGAGGAUUCUAAAAGUAUACAUAUGUGUGCUUUCUCUUUCCUUUUAGGAAUUCUCUUCUGAAUUCCCUGAGGGAAUUUUCUAGAAUCUCAGAAUUGAAAGAGACCUGAGGUUCAUCCAGUCUAACCUCUUAACAAAAUGCAGGAGUCCCUUCUACAAGGGUGAUCUUUCCACCUUGAACACUUCCAGUGACUCUACCUCACCAAGCAGUCCAUUCAGUUGUUGAGCAGCUCUAACUGUUAGAAAGGUCUUCCUUAGAUGGAGUUGAAGCCUCCCUCCCGGUAACUUCUGUCCUUGUGCCCGGGUCUGUCCUCCAAGAGAACGCUGAGAACGUUGGAAGGAUGAAUCUUACGCCCUCUGCCAUGUCUUCUCUUUUACAGGCUGUUUGACUUACCUGCUGAAGUGAUUUCCAGAAGGACUCAUUAAACACACUGUUAGAUUUACCCAUCUAAUGAAAUCCAAGGUGUAGCUAUAAAGUAACAAGCUGUUUUUAAUUUCUCCUCACACACACCAAAACUUAGAUCUUGCAUCACUUUAUGUAAAUGAUGCCACUGCUGAAAUUGUGAGGUGGUUAUUUCAAUUGCUUGCCCACUAGGAAAUCUGUUUCCUUGCUUUGUGAUCGCAUUUUGUGAUAGUCUGUCCCCAACUGAUCAGCCAUUUCUUUGGUCUGAACCUAAUGAGGGGAAAUCCCAAGCUACUGGUCCAAAUAGGAUUUGAGCAGCACUAGUAUGGUUGGAGUACAUACACAGACAGCUUCAGUGAAUGAACACAGGGCCACAGUAAGUUCCUUUACAGUUACACCUUGUAUGUUAAAAGCAUUCAGGCCCUGCUCUGAAGUGGUUUUUAUCCUCACAGAAUAGAAGAGCCUGUUUGCUUUUUUAACUUCUGCAUGGAAGAUGACAUCUGAAAUAUCUGAUGUGUAUUAUAGUAAAACCAGCUUCUGCUCUAGAACUACUUUGGGGGAAAUGGUGGUAAUAGCAAAUGACUUCCUUUAACAAGACACUCAUCUCAAACAGUGCCAUUUAGUUCAGGAGAUCUCUAAGUGUAGCUGUCAAUUUGGGGUUUAAUUUGGCUUAUAUUGGACCUUUUAAAUGAAAUAAAGUUUUUUAAUGCAAUAAA